GCGCGGGGACGCGAGGGCGAGGCGGCCACGCGGGCCCGGGAAUGCCCGCAGCGCGGGGCCUCAGAGCCACCCGGUGGCUGCGUCCGGGAGAUGGCUCUCAGCCUGGUCGCCGACUUCGAGCUCGGGAAGGACGUGCUCCCGUGGCUGCGGGCGCAGAGGGCGGUGUCCGAGGCCCGCGGGGCCGGAAGCGGCGGUGCAGAUGUUUUAGAAAACGAUUAUGAGAGCUUACGUGUAUUAAACAUUGAAAGAAAUGGAAAUGUCAUAUAUACCUAUAAGGAUGAUAAGGGAAAUGUCGUCUUUGGAUUAUACGAUUGCCAAACCAGACAAAAUGAGCUUCUGUAUGCCUUUGAGAAAGACUUGGAAGUUUUCAGUUGCUCUGUCAACAGUGAAAGAACUUUGCUUGCUGCAAGUUUAAUUCAGUCUACUAAAGAAGGAAAAAGGAAUGAACUUCAACCAGGAUCAAAGUGCUUAACUUUGUUGGUUGAAAUCCACCCUGUUAACAACGUGAAGGUUCUGAAAGCUGUGGAUAGCUAUAUUUGGGUUCAGUUUCUGUACCCACAUGUUGAAAGUCAUCCUCUUCCAGAGAACCAUCUGUUACUGAUUUCAGAAGAGAAAUAUAUUGAAAAAUUUCGUGUCCAUGUCGCCCAAGAAGAUGGAAAUAGAGUGUCAUCUCCUACCCCCACCUCUGACCCACCCAGGAUUUUAUUAUUCAUUUCUUACUCAUUCAGCUUUGUGGAAUUACCUACAAAUAAAACUAGAAUAGCUCCAAUUUAUGGAGGGUUCUUGUCUGCAGAGAAAUCAAAGAGUAUCUUAAAAUGUAUCCAGUUUUAUGCUGAUGAGAGCUACAACUUAAUGUUUGAAGUACCCUUGGACAUAUCAUUAAGCAACUCAGGAUUUAAACUUGUCAACUUUGGAUGUGAUUAUCAUCAAGACCGAGAGAAAUUAUCCAAACACCUAAGUCUGUGUGUUUUUACCAACCAUACAGGAAGUUUGUGUGUAUGUUACAGCCCGAAGUGUGCUGCUUGGGAACAAAUCACGUAUUCAGUGUUUUACAUUCACAAAGGACAUAGCAAGACCUUCACCACUUCUCUCAAGAAUGUUGACUCACACAUGACAAAGGGCAUUACUUUUCUCAACCUUGACUAUUAUGUGGCUGUUUACUUACCUGGUCAUUUCUUCCACCUACUUAAUGUUCAACAUUCAGACCUGAUCUGCCACAAUCUCUUUCUGACAGGAAAUAAUGAAAUGAUUGAUAUGCUACCUCACAGCCCUUUACAGUCACUGUCAGGGUCCCUGGUACUGGAUUGUUGUUCUGGAAAGCUGUAUAGAGCAAUGCUCAGCCAGUCGUCUUUAUUACGGCUCCUGCAGAACACCCGCUUAGACUGUGAGAAGAUGGCCACAUUGCACUGUGCGCUCUCCUGUGGUCAAGGCGCGCAGUUCCUGGAAGGCCAGAUUAUUCAAUGGAUUUCUGAGAAUGUCUCUGCCUGCCAUUCAUUUGACCUCAUUCAGGAAUUUAUAAUUGCUUCUUCAUAUUGGAGUGUAUAUUCAGAGAUAAGUAACGUGGACAAACUAUUGCCACAUUCCUCAGUGCUCACCUGGAAUACAGAAAUUCCUGGAAUAACUCUUGUAACAGAAGACACUGCAUUGCCUCGUAUGAAGGUGCACAGCUUUAAGGGCUACUGGGAAAAAUUGAACUCCAACCUGGAAUAUGUCAAGUACGCCAAGCCACACUUCCACUAUAACAACAGUGUGGUCAGGAGAGAGUGGCAAAACCUGAUCUCUGAAGAGAAAACAGGAAAAAGAAGGUCCACGGCAUAUGUGAGGAAUAUUCUUGAUAAUGCGAUAAAGGUGAUUUCUAACCUAGAAGCAAGAAAUUUGGAGCCAAGAUUGACGCCCCUCCUGCAGGAGGAGGACAGCCACCAGCGGCUGCUUAUGGGGCUGAUGGUGUCUGAGCUAAAAGACCAUUUUUUGAGACACCUACAGGGUGUAGAAAAGAAGAAAAUUGAACAGAUGGUUUUGGACUACAUUUCAAAACUGCUGGAUCUCAUUUGCCACAUCCUAGAAGCCAGUUGGAGGAAACAUAAACUUCAUUCCUGGGUUCUCCACUUCAAUAGUCGUGGCAGUGCUGCUGAAUUUGCAGUUUUUCAUAUCAUGACCAGAAUUUUGGAAGCUACAAACAGUUUGUUUUUACCUCUGCCUCCUGGUUUUCAUACUCUGCACACCAUCCUCGGGGUCCACUGUCUCCCUUUGCACAACCUGCUGCAUUGCAUUGACAGUGGAGUGUUGCUUCUCACUGAAACAGCGGUCACAAGGCUCAUGAAAGAUCUGGACAAUACAGAGAAAAAUGAAAAAUUGAAAUUCAGUAUCAUUGUGCGGCUUCCUCCGCUUAUUGGUCAGAAGAUCUGUAGACUUUGGGAUCAUCCUAUGAGUUCUAACAUCAUUUCACGGAACCAUGUGAUGCGACUGCUUCAGAACUAUAAGAAACAGCCUCGGAAUUCUAUGAUUGACAAGUCAUCGUUCAGUUUAGAAUUUCUGCCUCUCAACUACUUCAUUGAAAUUCUAACAGAUAUAGAGUCCACCAAUCAAGCCCUAUAUCCUGUUGAACGACAUGACAAUGUGGAUGCAGAAUUUGUAGAGGAAGCAGCUCUGAAACACACCACAAUGCUUUUAGGCUUAUGAAAAAGAAAACGCAAUUGGAUCUGCUGCUGCUAUUUAAUCUUGCUCAUUAACCUUACUCCUGUAGAGAAUUCUUUAGCAAUAUUUAAAAUUGGUAACAAAAAUAAGAAAUUAUUUAGCCAUCUGAUUUUCAGUUUGGUACUUGUUGAGACAGAACUGUAACUGCUGUACCACAUUUCAAUUUUGAAUAGCCAUUGAGCAAUCAAGUGUAGAGAAAUGAUAAAUGGCCUAAGCAGACAUACAGUGGCAUCAAUGAUGCUCUUCCUAGUAGCUUAAGAGGCUACAAGCUAGUUUCUGUUGCACUCUGAAAUAAAAUACGCUUUAAAAAAAGCUAGAUGUGUCAUUGAAAUAAGCAGAAAAAUUAAAUGUUGCGUAAGAACACUAUUUGGAAAGAGGUUCCUUUUAAUAACUGAAUUUGUACUAAAUAAAUUUGCCAUGUCCAGCACAGAAUAAUUUGUACGUAGUAUUUACAGCAGGAUUUGUCUUUGUGUAUUCAGAUGAAAUGUAUUUAAUUUUUUUAUAUUUAUAGAAGUUUGAUUUAUGAAUAUUUUGUCAUUAAAAAACCUGAAAACAAA